UCCUUCAGUUUACACUGUUAAGGUAGCGUUGAUAGCUACGCUAGCUGGUUUUUCGGCGUCGGUGACGUUGCUAACGGCAAACUGCGUUCUAACCUGACAUGACUAUACUAUGUAUCCAUUGUGUUUGUUCAGCUAACUUAGCUGAUUAUUUUCUAAAUGUGUGAGGGAGGUGACAGAAGCGCGAGAGAGCCUUGCCAUUAACAAAAACCACAACCAGCAGUAGCUACGGGUAGUCUUGACCACAGUUGCCUCUUGCUAGCUGAAGUUCCUCAUCCGUCUGUAAAUGAGGUAGCGUGGCAAUUUAGCUACCAAGGUGGUGGAUACAUGUCUACCUCUCAACCACGAAAGGGAAAUCUUGCAGUUCAUGUUUCGCCAAGAAGUCGGUGUGACGUCUUUUAUUCCAUCUUGUUCGUAUCUUUUUCGACACCGGAAAGGGAAUAUGUCCAGAUAUAACAUAUACAGUUUGCUAGACUGGAUCUACGGCGGGGUGGACCCCAAGUUUGAAGGCAACGGGGGGUCUAAGUGUGCCGCCUUCAUUGCGCCCCAGCAGCGCAUCAGUGAAAGUCUGGUCAUCGUCUUCAUCUCCUUGGUGGAGAUUGGCCUGGCACUGAAGAAAAUAAAUGUCUCCAAAGAGUUCACAGUGGUGGGGAAAGACUGUAUACGGGCAAAGGAGGAUAGUCUGGGAAAGAACCUGUUGCUGGUUGCCCUCUGCUUGACUUUUGGGGUGGAGGUUGGGUUCAAAUUCUCGACCAAGACUGUGAUAUAUCUGCUAAAUCCAUGCCAUGUCGUGACCAUGAUUCAGAUCUUCCUGCUGGCCUGUCCGCCAUGUAAAACAGCAAUGGUUGUUUUUAGGCUGCAAGUCCACAUGUUGAAUGGUGCGUUUUUGGCUUUAAUAUUCCCUGUAGUCAACACUAGACUGCUGCCAUUUGAGAAGGAGAUAUACUACAUUCAGCACUCCAUGAUGUACCUGGUGCCUCUUUACCUUUUCAGGAAAGGAGGUGUGUACAAGCCUGAGCCUCUGGGGGACAUGUGGUGGGCGCUGCUCUCUACUGGCAUUCUGUUCCUCUAUCAUUUCCUCUUCUUGCAGCUCCUUGGCCUGGUGACUGAGGUCAACCUGAACAACAUGUUGUGCCCAGCCGUCUCUGAUCCCUUUUAUGGGCCUUGGUACCGGGUUUGGGCAACAGGCCACCAGACCCUACUGACCCUCAUUCAUGGGAAGGUCCUCAUGCUCCUGUCGCAGCACACCAGCUCCUGCUGCCGAUACCUGCUGGACACACUGUGUCUGCGCAGCAAGAAAGUUGACUGAAUGUCCAUGGAGGCACACAGACGUAGCCUUUCAUUCUGACUGCCGACUCUUAUCAUGCAGAUUUUUUUAAAGCGAUAAUUUCAUUCAUCUUUUAAGACUUACCGUCUGUUUUUACUGAAACGGGUGAGCAUUUCAGGGCAAGUGAACCUAUGUGUCAUCCUUUGUGUUGUAGUUGGCUUGCAUACAUAUUUGCAUGCACAAACAUAAUAGGCAAUUGACAGUUGGCUGUUAGCAUUGUGAAGUCGUCCAAAUCUGGCCUUUUUUGAAUACAUUUUCCAGACAUAUAUAAGUGAAUCUGUGGGAGAUUACCCAAACAGCCUUUUUGGUAAUGUUUUAAGUAUAAAAAAAAGUCACCCAGAUCUCACUACUGAUCUGCAGUUGUUGCGGUUUGAGUUCUUUGUAUAGUCCUCAUGCUAGAUCUAUUUUAGCUGGUAAAACUGCCAUUUUGUUUGACUCAGAUUGAGAAUGUGACCUGUAAAUUUUAUUGCUUGUUUAUAGUCUGAGGAUUUGUAUUUGGCAUGCGUGAUCACCUAAGCGUUGUCAUGAAUGAAAAUACAGAUUUCUGGUGUCCCUCUGCUCCCACUUCAUUACACACAGGUUAUACAGGUUAUAAAAGCACCACUUUAAGUGACAUGUGUGGCGUCUCUGUCUCCAGCUUGUUCCCAUCAUUCCAGCUGUGAUAAUCAAGGCACAUGAGGAUGUUUUAUAUGCUGAAAAUCAAAGUAAUAUUACCUAUUUUAAGGAGGUGAUGUUUAUGACUGUGUUAUUUUACUGCGAUAUUAGACCAUUUUCAGUGAGGUGGAAACUCCAGUGCGUUGUUAGAAUGAACAGUGGUGAUGUUUGCCAAGAUCGCUCUUCAUGCAUAGACUUUGCUGUUUGAUCCUCAAGUUAAUCUUACAAGGCUUCCUGAAUUCCCUUCACCCCUCCAAUGAGUCAGUUUUAUACAAAAAAUGUGUCAUCUGAUUUGCAAGAAAGUGAAAGAAAGAAAGUAUUAAUGAAGGAUGAUAAUUGGAAUAGGUCAUUUUGGGGUGGGGGGUAUUAAUGUAGCAUAAACUGUACUUCACUGUAAAGAAGAGAGAAACUUGUUUUUCAAUCAGUUCAAGUGUAUGUGCUGUAUUGACAUUAAAAGUAAUGUUGAUCUCUCA